UACAGCCGGUACCCGCCUCUGGCCACACUGUCAAUUUUUAAUUUGUUAUAAUAGUCGAUUUUUUUUUAUAAUCUUUUAUCCGGUUUUUGUGCAAUAAAUUUAUUUAAUCAUAGUAAAAAAUAAUCCCACACAAACAUGCAAUUUGUACUCACCCGCUCGUUAAGCAUUGCCCGCAGAUCUUUAAGUGCUCGGCAGAUCGCCUCGUUGUCGGCGCUUUCGGAGACGCAUCAGAUGCUGCAGAAGUCCUGUCGGGAUUUUGCCAACAAUGAACUCAUUGGAAACGCAGCCAAGUUCGAUCGGGAGCACCUGUAUCCAGAAAAACAGAUCCGACAGAUGGGCGAACUGGGCGUGAUGGCAAUUGCGAUCCCCGAGGAGCUAGGCGGCACUGGAUUGGAUUAUGUGGCCUACGCCAUUGCCAUGGAGGAAAUCUCAAGGGGUUGUGCCUCUGCUGGCGUCAUCAUGUCGGUAAACAACUCCCUGUAUCUGGGACCCCUUCUCUCCUUCGGUAACGAUGCCCAGAAAAAGGACUACAUCACCCCGUUUACUACUGGCGAACGAGUGGGCUGCUUUGCCCUCUCUGAACCUGGAAACGGAUCCGACGCUGGAGCUGCGUCCACCAUAGCCACCGACAAGGGAGAUCACUUUCUGCUGAAUGGCACCAAGGCCUGGAUCACCAAUGCCUUCGAGGCGGAGGCUGCCAUUGUGUUUGCCACCACCAACAAGCAGCUGAAGCACAAGGGCAUCUCCGCGUUCAUUGUGCCCAAGGCUACCAAGGGCUUUUCCCUGGGCAAGAAGGAGGAUAAACUGGGCAUUCGGGGAUCUUCGACGUGUCAACUGAUAUUCGAGGACUGCGUAGUGCCCAAGGAUAACAUGCUGGGCGAGCCGGGUUUCGGUUUUAAGAUUGCCAUGCAGACGCUGGACGCCGGCCGUAUAGGAAUCGCUGGUCAGGCGCUCGGCAUUGGUCAGGCUGCUCUGGAGCUGGCCGUGGACUACGCUCAGAAGCGACAGGCCUUCGGCAAACCCAUUGCCAAGCUCCAGUCCAUCCAGCAAAAGAUCGCGGACAUGUCGUUGGCCAUGGAGUCGGCACGUCUGCUCACCUGGCGCGCAGCCUGGCUAAAGGACCAAAAGCAGCCGUACACCAAAGAAGCCGCCAUGGCGAAACUGGCUGCUUCGGAGGCAGCCACCUUGUGCUCCCACCAGUGCAUCCAGAUCCUGGGAGGAAUGGGUUAUGUGACCGACAUGGCUGCCGAGCGUCACUAUCGGGACGCCCGCAUCACCGAGAUCUACGAGGGCACCUCUGAGAUCCAGCGGCUGGUCAUCGCGGGUUCCAUUCUCAAGGAAUAUGCUAGUUAAGAUCAAAGUUAACACAAAAGUCUUUUAAAUCCGUACUAUCAUUAAAAUUGUAACUUGUACUUUUGAUUAAUAAACGAUGAUAAUUAUAAAUAA